AUGCUGGACAUCGGUCAGUUGCUAGACGGUUUCGUCGAGGCGAACCAGACGGGAAUCGACAAGCCUCCCGUCAUGGAAUUCGAGGAACCAGAAACAACUGCGUUCGUCGCCGUUAAUUCAUGUGUUGAGCCCAGUGUUUCCGUGAUCGAUGCAGACACGAUCGAAAAUUCUUCUUCAGUCGCCAACGGAGGCGGUGUUGGCGAAGCUGGUUCGACGACGUUUCCCUCAUCCUUGUCGCAUUUCAAACUGCCUCAAACGGUUUCCAAAGGAAAGCUGACACUCUGGCUGCCUGGACGGAAAGCGGGACGCAGAAACGGUCCCGUUAAAGACACUGCCAGCGAAGGAUCAGGUUCUGUGGACAGUUGCGAAAAAUGUGAAAAUGCUCCAACCAUCGAUCUUGGUGUGCAGGGCGUGCAGGUUUCUCGGCAGGAUGAUGUUCCUUCCAAACCCGCUGUUCAAUCUCAACUGCCUCCCAAUGAUCAGGACGCUAUGCCUAGAAGGAUUUUGUCUAUGGGUUUCCUCAAGAAGAAAAGCAGGGAGAAGAGAUUCGAUAAAGGCUCGAAGGAGAUGAUUGCCAAUGCUUUUGCCGCACCUAUCGUCGAUGAGGUCAUAAAUGAGGCCUGUCCAGACGAACCAAGCAGCUCCUUGAAGGUCCCUAGUACUCCGAGGACAAAGUCUGGUUCGUUUUCAGACAGUGACAGCGAUGACGAGAUGCCAAGUAAAAUUAAACUCGAGAUCAAGCCUCCUUUGUCGGAUCGUCGUAAAGUGUGUGCUUCUGUGGACGAGCUGAAGGAUGUAGUGGAAAGCAUGAGCAGCAACAUUAAGAAUGCAAACAGAUCUUUGGAAAUUGUGCCAUCCAGCCGUCCUCUCAAAGCCAUGGUGCUUCGUCCUGCGAAGACUGGCGAUGACAGAUGGAACAAUUUGGCCUUUGCCGGAAAUUUGUCCAAUUUCUCUAACUCCUCGGUUAGCCUUGAGCGACGGUUGCGUCCAAGAAGCACUACGCCGACGCAUAUGAUGAUUCUGGGCAGCAGCAGCGGUCGUCAGGGACAGCCUGGACUAGAAAGCAUGUCGCCAACGGACAGCGAAAGACCGUUUGCUGAACGACAGAACUCCCUUGGCUCCAUACCCGAGUUUUCCGGUGCCGCAUCGUCUGCCGGGACUGCGGCUUCUCGUGGACCUUCGCCGGUCAGCAGUUGCGUGACAGAUCGCAUUCCGUUGGCAGUCGCUGUUACAGAAACCAUACACGUACUUUUCAAGAGUUCGAACGAGUGUGCCGUUCGAACUUUCGGCAACGUCACAUUUUCGUUUCCUGCUGGUAUCAUGAAAAUCUUGUCUUCUACUUCUCCCUCCGAACUGUCGCAGCUAAGCUUCGGAUUUGAAUCGGCGGAGCGGAUUCAGGGUAUCAUUGGAAAUCGCAAGAUUUUGGACGACUUUAAUUACAGCGGCAGCUGUUCGAAGUAUAAAUUCGAUUUCAACAUGAACUCGUUAGCGGAACAUUUGAAGCUGUUGAAUCGAAGGAACCCGUCAGCCCCGUUUUACAAUCUUGAAGUACUGCGCUACGAGGUGAUGCCCAAAGCUCCGUCCGAAUCUCAGUCGAAGGACACCGCUGCUGUUGUACCUCUUCUGCUGCGCAGUUUCUGGAAGUGCUUCAACGACCAUACCGAUUUGUGUAUCAGCUACAGCUACAAUCCUGACUGCCGGUUGUCUGCACCACUUAUCAACCUCCUCUACUCGAUCAAGACCGAUGGUAGCGUUUGCAGUGUUACAUCCAAGCCUGAGGCGUCGUGGUAA